UCCUAAAUCCUGCCCUUAUUUCCACUCCCUCCUUCAACAGAAAUACAAAAUCUAAGAAACCUCAAAAAUGGGAAGCUAUAGAUUCUCCUUCACUUUCCUCACCAUUUCCACCAUCCUGGCCGUCCACGUGGCGCUCUCGUCUUCUUCUCCCACUCUCGACGUCGUCGGCGGCCUUUUUCUCCCGAGUAAAUCGGAAUGCCGCGGAUCCAUCGCCGAGUGCCUGAUGCUAAGCGGGGAGGAGUCUUCGGACUUCGAUGCUGAGUUCGCCAUGGACUCCGAGAUCAGCAGGCGCAUUUUAGCCAGGACUCGCUACAUUAGCUACGGUGCGUUGAGGAGGAACACGGUGCCAUGCUCGCGACGUGGCGCGUCCUACUAUAACUGCCGGCCGGGAGCUCAGGCUAAUCCUUACUCACGCGGGUGCAGUAGAAUUACGCGCUGUCGGCGUUAGAUUUAUUACUAUUUUUUAAAUUAUCCUUUUAAUUUAAAAAAAAAUUUGUUGCCUCUCUAUUUCUAAAAAUGUAAUUUAAUUUCAUCUUUAUUUUCUUCUUAUAUUUGAAUAAUUUAAUUGUGUGUAUUGCUUGCUGAUGCGAUUGUUGUUCUCAAAUAUUUUUCCAAAA